GAGCUGUAAGCACGUCUUACACCAUAUCGCCAUUAGAACAUCAUUAGAGAAACCAUUAGAACAUCAUUAGAGAAACCACGAUUAUUCUUUGGCCUUACAAUCAUGUUCAACAUGAAUAUGCUGAGAAAUCAUUGUAGUCAGUUAGCCAAGAAUGAGUACAAAAAACCCGACAUAGUUUAUGUAGAAGGAUUUCCAAUUCCAAGUAAAAUCUUUACUCAGGAAAACUUCCGCUCAGCAAUAAAUUACAAAGCAAGACCAGAUGACAUAUUUCUUGUAGCAUAUCCUAAGUGUGGCAUAACUUGGUUACAGUGUAUCGUAUGGGAAAUCUUCAACAAGGGAGCACCCUUGCCAAGCUUCUGGGAAAUGAUGGUGGAGCAUGUACCUUUUUUAGAAAGAACUGGAGCGGAAGCUGUCGAGAAUAUGAAACCUCCAAGAAUUAUUAAAGUUCAUUUACCAUAUCAUCUCAUUCCAAAACACCCUUUAGCUAAGUACAUAUUUUUAGCUCGUAAUCCAUUUGACUGUUGUGUUUCAUUUUACCACCACACCAAGAACUUUUCUGAUACCUACGGUUUUUCUGACGGAACCUUCAAUGAUUACUUUGAAUGCUUCAUUCGAGGAGAGGUUCAAUGUGGUGACUACUUGGACUACCUCUUGUCCUGGUGGCCACAUCGUCAUGACACUAACGUUCUGUUUAUUACUUUUGAAGAAAUGAAGUCAAAUCCUGAGAUAAUUCUACUUAAAAUUGCUAAAUUCUUGGGAAUUCAGUUCUACACAAUGUUGAAAACAGACACGAAAUUAGCGCAGAAAAUCUUAGAAAUCACAGACUUUCACACCAUGAAGAGUAAAAUGGAUUUAACCUUCUACAGAAGUGUCGACAAAAAUAACGACGUCAAAAUAGUCAAAAAUGUUAAUUUUUUCCGUGAAGGAAGUGUUGGGAAUUGGAAAAGUUAUUUUACAAAAGAACAGACUCGGCGGCUCAUCGAUCACAUUAAAGAAAAGACUAGAGAUACAGAUAUUUGUCUCUUGUGGAAAGAUAUAAUGAACAGUUGA